AUGAAGACAUGUAAGACGGCAUCUAUGUGCACCCCAGCGGAGGAGUCUCAAGGCAUACAUGUGUUUGAUAUCUUGGGUUACAGCAAGCACAAGGGCAUGGGCCACCAUGUGGACAGCCACAUACGCUCAGGGGUUUUCUCUGUCGGCGGCCAUGACUGGGUAAUCUUCUUCUUCCCUGACGGUUAUACUGAAUAUGACCUGGAUUACAUCUCAGCUUUUCUCGUGCUUUGGAGCAACAACACUAAAGUCCGGGCGUCCUGCGAUAUGAGGCUGGUUGAUCAGUACACCGGAUUCUCAUCUUCGGUGCAUAAAACAGGACCUAGAAUUUUCAAUUCUGGUGAUAUUAGCAAGUUUGCUCCACAGACUACUUGUUUCAUAACGCACAAUGAGAUCGAGGGAUCCGCGUACCUUAGGGAUGAUCGCCUGACGAUCGAAUGCGUCGUCACUGUUUUCCACAAACCACAUGUUACCGAAACAAAAUCAUUCCCUAAAAUCGGCAUGCCACCAGCUGACAUGACCGAGGAUGUUGCCAAGCUGUUGGAAGAGAAGAAGGGAUUCGAUGUCAGUUUUAUUGUCGCGGGAGAGACCAUUGAAGCCCAUAGGUUUGUUCUCGCUAUGCGGUCACCUGUUUUCAAAGCAGAGCUCUAUGGGUCGAUGCAGGAGGCGAAGUCGGGGCAAUGCAUAACCAUCAAGGACAUGCAAGCUGCUGUUUUCAAGGCCCUGCUCCAUUUCAUCUAUACGGACUCUUUGCCUAGCCGUGAGGAUACUGAGAUGGCUCGGCUUCUACUAGUGGCUGCAGACAGAUAUGCAAUGGAUAGGCUCAAGCUGGUUUGCCAAAGCAUACUUUGUGAGGAUCUGAACAAGGACACUGUGGCAAUCACAUUAGCUUUAGCUGACCAACAUAACUGUCACCAGCUUAAGGACGCUUGUCUUGAAUUUAUCGAAUUAUCAAAUUUCACGGAUGCUUUGGUGGCUACACAACGGUUAAAAGAUAUCAAGAAGACUUGCCCAUCUUUCAUAGUGGAGGAAUUGGAGAAGAGAAAAAAGCUUCGUAAAGCAUAA